GCAAUACCAAAACAGUCGACUGAGAAACUCUCAAUCUGAGCAGAUAUUUACUCAAUCAGGAGGAUUCAGCAAAGCAAGGAAGCACGAGAAGGUGAAAAUGGAGAUCACACUGAACAGUGGCUACAAGAUGCCGAUCGUCGGCUUAGGAGUGUGGAGGAUGGAGAAAGAAGGGAUCCGAGACCUUAUCAUCAAUGCCAUCAAGAUCGGCUAUCGCCAUCUCGACUGUGCUGCUGAUUAUAGGAACGAAGCCGAAGUUGGUGAGGCUCUCAGUGAGGCAUUUAAGACGGGUCUAGUCAAGAGGGAGGAUCUCUUCGUUACAACCAAGCUAUGGAACUCAGACCAUGGCCAUGUUAUCGAGGCGUGCAAGGACAGUCUCAAGAAACUUCAACUUGAUUAUCUUGACCUUUACCUCGUUCAUUUCCCCGUAGCAACGAGGCACACUGGAGUUGGAACCACCGAUAGUGCUUUGGGAGAUGAUGGGGUAUUGGACAUUGAUACGACCAUAUCUCUGGAAACUACAUGGCAUGACAUGGAAAAGCUUGUAUCUAUGGGUUUGGUCCGCAGCAUUGGAAUCAGUAACUAUGAUGUGUUUCUAACGAGGGAUUGCUUGGCGUACUCCAAGAUCAAACCUGCAGUGAAUCAGAUCGAGACACAUCCUUACUUCCAGCGCGAUUCACUUGUCAAGUUCUGUCAGAAGCAUGGUGUUUGCGUCACCGCUCAUACUCCUCUGGGAGGUGCCACAGCCAACGCAGAGUGGUUUGGUACCGUGUCAUGUCUUGAUGAUCCAGCUCUCAAAGAGGUGGCUGAGAAGUACAAAAAGACAGUGGCGCAGGUUGUGCUAAGGUGGGGAAUCCAGAGGAACACAGUGGUGAUACCAAAGACAUCGAAGCCUGAGAGGUUGGGAGAGAACUUCGAGGUUUUGGACUUCGAACUGACAAAAGAGGACAUGGAACUGAUCAAGAGCUUGGACAGAAAGUACCGUACCAACCAACCUGCCAAGAUGGAGAAUGGUGAGCAGUACGAGAACGGGAGGUACAAGUCUAUGUGGAACAUGAUGCCUCAGCAUCAGAUAAAGGAGCAGCACAAUGCGUUGGUGAUGAACAAGAAGAUCAUGUCGAUCCUUGCCGAGAGGGACGCAGCUAUACAGGAAAGAAACCAAGCCGUCUCUGCGAAAAAGGAAGCAGUAGCAGCUCGUGAUGAAGCCCUUCAGCAACGGGACAAGGCUCUCUCCGAGAGAGAUAAAGCCCUGAUAGAGAGAGACAGCGCCUUCGCUGCGCUUCAGCACCAUGAGAACAGCCUCAACUUUGCCUUGUCCGGUGGGAAGCACUACGACGGGGACGAUGGUUUCAGCAGCGUUCACAAACUCGUUGCUUUUCCUUUGUCCACUAUUCGGCCUGAGGUAGCCAGCACGAAGAGGAAGAAGGAGAGCAAGCGAAAGGGGAAGAAAGUGGGUGAGGAUCUGAACCGUGGAGUGGCUGCUCCUGGAAAGAAAUGCAGAACAGACUGGGACAGUAACGAUGUGGGUUUAAACUUGGUCACCUUCGACGAGACGACGAUGCAAGUGCCGUUGUGCACAUGCACGGGCACAGCGAGGCAGUGUUACAAAUGGGGAAACGGUGGUUGGCAAUCGUCUUGCUGCACCACCACCUUGUCGCAGUAUCCAUUGCCGCAGAUGCCGAACAAGAGGCAUUCUCGCGUCGGCGGUAGGAAAAUGAGCGGGAACGUUUUCUCCAGAUUGCUCAGCCGUUUAGCAUCCGAAGGUUAUGAUCUCUCGUGUCCCGUUGAUCUUAAAGAUUACUGGGCUAGGCACGGGACGAACCGCUACAUCACUAUCAAGUAGCCACUACGUUCCACAAUCCAAUGUAUGUUUUUCUUCUUCUUUUUCUUUUGUUGGUAUUAAUGUUAAGAAAGUAUGUUCUUCUCUUCUUCUUCUUGUUAAGGUUUAGGUGUUGUCUUUAUUUGUCCAUAGUUCUCGUUGUUGUCUCUAUGAAGUUAAACCAAAAAUGUUGAUUAAUCUUUUGAAUGGGUUUGACAUAAGAGAGAUCUGUUUUGAUUUCAAAAACCAAAUCUCAACAGUUAAAAGAUUACAAAAUCUUUGUUGUUACCCC